GAUUGGUGUUAGCUUUCUGCACACAAAAUGCAACUUUCUUGGAGAGCUUUUCGCAAGGCUUCCACAGCCACAAGAGUUUCCCCACGGCAUCAUGCGUGUGAUUUCUGUCGUCACCGAAAGAUUCGAUGCAUUCCAGGUGUGUGGGGGUGCGAAAAUUGCUGCCAUGCUGGUUGCCAAUGUAUAUUCUCCGGCCGGCCGCGUCCAACUAUUGCACGUGGACUCACUGAAAUCGAGUCCGGCUCUUCUGUUCAGGUUGAUCCAUCCAAGGAUAGUGAUUUGGAGACUGAAGCCCAUGCAACGACGGCUUUUAAUGGUGAUGUUAAUCAUGGAAAUCUCGACGAAGACGACAUACACACCGCUCUCCGUCUGUUUAAAUUUCACAUUGACUAUUGCACUAUUGACAAUCCUACCUCAAGUCCAUCUUCUCUUUUCUCCGCAGAAAUCCAAAAGUGGAUACUGACUCAGACCGGGGCCACAUUUUCCUUCGAAAGAUUCACUGAGCAUGUGAAACAAGUUGUGGGAAUUCGCUUGCAACUACGUCAGUCUGACAUACCAGUAAAUUGGCCCAAUCAAAGGCUCCUUGUGUUGCCGGAUCAAGGGCUGGUCGAGAGUUGCCUGGAAAUUUUUACAACAAGUAUGUUUCAGUGCUUGUUUCCUGUCGUGGAUCAAGAUUGUUUUCAAAGGUUGGUUUCACAGGUCUAUGCAUCUACAGAAACACGGAAUUCUCUCUCCGCUACGAUGUGUAUUUGCAUGUUUACAGCAUUUAUCUCGAGACAUGCUCAACCGAUGCCUGCUGCACCUGAGAUGGAGAGUAAAGCAUAUGUUCACAAAAUCUUUAACCUAGUGCCUCUUCUACUAUUAGAUGGCUUCUCAGUAGAAGCAUUACAGACCCUAACCAUGCUUGCUCUCUGUGCUGUCACCUAUGGUGAGAUCCAUAUUACGGAGUUAUGCCUGUCAUGGGCGACACGCAUGCUCUUCGUGCUGGAAGGACAUAGGAAAGCACGACAUGGAGAAACUUCUGAACACCCUCAUGUUCGGAAUUUGUUCUGGCUUUGCUACAUCUUGGAUAAAGAACUUUCAAUGAGAACAAUUUGGCCACCUGUAAUCAAAGACGAGGAUUGUGACUUGGAUCUGCCAGCUAAUUAUGUUCAUUGCCUCUCUGACUGCCUGCUCGCUUAUGAUAAUCCCAUACGAUACCCUGUCCUCCUCUUCCCCUCUGAUAUGCGACUUUCCAUGAUCAAAUCAAAGAUAUACCAGCUUCUAUAUUCUCGGGAGGCAUUAGCGCUUCCAGAAACUGAGAAGCUGAGGCGCAUAUCCAUUUUAGACGAGGAGUUGAACGCGUGGAAGUCAACCUGUCUAGUUGCAGCCUCCGAAAUCAGUCCCACUGCUGAUCCCGAACAUAUUGCCCUUUCUAUCCGGAUUAUGCUUCCACGCCUUGAGUAUUACAACUGUUUAGCUAGAAUUCACCAGGUUGGCCGCAGAAGCCAAGACAUACUCUGCAGAGGACUCCCGUCGUGCGACGAAAUUGCCAUGGAAGCAUCUCGUUCAACAUUGGUGUAUAUUGAGCUCAUCCGUCCUAUCCUGCGUGUGGAAACCUAUUGGGUAUUCGCCUUGAGUGCGAUCCCUGCCGUUCUUAAUCUUUUCGCCUUUUUAAUAAAAGAUCCCUUUCAACCGCACUGUGUGAAAGAUAUGGAUCUAAUCAGGACUAUGAGUACAGCGUUUGCGGCGUCUUUGUCAGAAAGAAAUCUCGAUGAAGUCUUGCCGCUGUUAAUAACUAAGGCUUUCAUCGAUGACCUGAUAAAUAUAAUUAUGUUACGCACUCAAAAAGAGAGCCAGCUCAGUGAUAUUUAAAAACCUAUCCAUUCUACGCGCUAAACGCUAUUGCUGGCUAACUUCGAUCUUACUGGGUGAAAGACUGGGCGACAAAGAUCACAGUGACCCUAAAUAGCAAAGUCCUACAGUCAUAAUUUAAUACGGG